GGUUGUGCUCGCUUGGCGCACGGCAAAGCCUUCUCUUUGGACAGUCGUCGCGGAUGCUUCUUAGCCGGUGACGGCUCUAGGGCCCCAUUCAGAUGUGACAUAUACUCCGAUACUUCCCUACUUUCUCCACGUCAUUACUUACAUACAAACCUUCAUUCACACAUCCUCCCUGAGAUCUUGUAGCGCAUCGCCACCAUGAAUUGUCCUUCGAAGAACGAUAACGUGCUCCUUAACCCGGGAUGGAACCAAAGUCCACCGCGCUUUGCUGCGGAUCUCACAACAUGCCAGGACCUCAAUGGAAUCGCAAAUUCUCGAGAGCUAGGAGAAGCCGAUCGCUUGCGCAGUGGCUCUCAGAGUCUCAAACGUUGUGAGCUGGAAGACAACAGUUUCCAAGAAAAAGAAAAAGAACAACUGGCGAUUGGGGAGGGUGCCAAAGGGUCCUACCAAGGACCUUGCACCCGAACAUCCGCAAACGUGAACAAUGAGCACCGAGGUGGCAUCAGCACCACGAACCACAGCUUCAAGGGCUGGGCGACUUGGCUGUUUUCUGUACUAUGCACUUCCGCGUUUCUUUCCUUCGCUAGCGGGAAUGGAAUGCCAAAUGUAGCUGCCUCUGCAAAGUCUGUGUUCCAAACAACAAACGACGCUUCGUCGUCUCGCCAUCAUUUCAGGCGAGAUGCCUGCGCGAAUGGCAGCGCAAAACCAAACUACAACCUCUCGCUCCAUGUUGCGGGCCUCUUUAUUAUCCUGUGUGUUUCCUCUACUGGCUGCGCCUUUCCGAUUCUGGUGACCAAGUUCCCGCGCCUACGUAUUCCACCGUCUUUCCUCUUUAGUGCCAAGCAUUUUGGAACUGGCGUCCUGAUUGCAACUUCUUUUGUGCACCUACUUCCUACAGCGUUUCUGUCUUUGAGCAACUCAUGUCUAUCGGGAUUUUGGACCGACGACUAUCCCGCAAUGCCAGGCGCCAUCAUGCUAGCUAGUAUCUUUUUUGUCACUAUCAUCGAAAUGGUCUUCUCUCCCGCUCAGCACGUUUGCGGUGGAAAUAGCGGAAUUGCAGGUGUCGCGCGAGGUACCAAAGAAAGCAAUACCACAGGGGCUGCUACAGGUGACGCACAAAACAAAAUGCACCGAACAUACUCUGAUAGCAGUGUGCGUGUGCGCGAAAUGGGGCCUUUACGAGGCAGAAUGACGAGCAUCAGCCGCACUCUAACCAAAUACCGCGAGGAGACUCAACGACUUGAUGCCAUAGCAUCGAUUGGAUUAGAAGCCCCGGUCGAGGACUCCAAGAGUGAAAGCGAUGAAUGCGCUAUCGAAGAUCCUGAGAGAAAUGAACAGAAAACCGAGCUGACGCCUGAACAAGUACACAAGAAAGCUAUUAUGCAGUGCUUUCUCUUAGAAAUGGGCAUCCUCUUCCACAGCAUCUUCAUUGGAAUGUCUCUCAGCGUUACUGUUGGGAAUGAUUUUGUCGUCCUGCUUAUCGCCAUCAUUUUCCAUCAAACAUUCGAAGGCCUUGCCCUCGGAGUCCGUAUCGCUGCCAUCGAAUGGCCGGAGCAUGCUCUACAACCUUGGCUCAUGGCUAUUGCAUACGGCUGCACCACUCCUCUUGGCCAAGCCAUUGGGAUAGCGACCCACACACUUUAUAGCCCGGGUUCCGAAAUCGGUCUUCUCGUCGUUGGCAUCAUGAACGCCAUAUCCGCCGGCUUUCUCAUAUUUGCUUCGCUUGUUGAGCUCAUGUCUGAAGACUUUCUAAGCGAUGAGAGCUGGCAGGUUUUGAGAGGCAAGAAGAGGGUUGCUGCCUGUCUCUUGGUCUUUUUUGGCGCGUUUUUGAUGAGCCUUGUCGGUGCUUGGGCCUAGAUGGCAAGGCUGGAACGAUUGCACGGGAGAGGGAAGACGAGUUGGGUAAUGACGAGGGGGGCAGGAAACUGUAAAUAUGGGAUAGCGGUACAUAUGACUGUUGUGAGUGUCUUUCGGACAAAUGUUGUAUAUACUGUGCUUAUCAAUUAGUACUUUGGGCUCUUU